AAGAUGAGUCUUCCUGACUCCAGGCCUGGCAUUCUAUCCACUUUGCCAUUUAACUGCCCCACAUGUUUUGGGGCAGACCCCUUUUAGAGUUCAUACUGGCUUCUCAGCCUUUUAGGCCCUUGAGUUUUUCAUGUAUAUAAGCCAGAGUGAGUUGUUCAGUCAUAAGUGUCAAGAGCUCCUUAGGAUUGCAUCAAUCUGAUAAGAAUUGAGCUGUUUUUUGUUUGUUUUUCCCCCCAAAGACUAGUAUCUAAAAGAGGGAAUUAAAGUACCAGAUUUAAUCAAAAUUUAUCAAGACCUUUUCUUCUGGAGUAAAUUUAUUUCAAAAUCUGACCAGUUUUUUUAAAGGGAAAAAUUAGCCCUUUAAAUUUAAUAAAAUACUGUUAUCCAUCUUUCACAUAAAACAGUUGGCCUGAACACACCUGACUUCAUAAUUGUUACCAAAGCUGUGUACUUGUGAUGUCAUUAGUAAAAUAUUAUGAUUUACCUCUUGGAUGAGAAGAUUGUCAUCUCCCUUGGACACUGGAAAUCAGAAAUUGAAAAAGACUGGAUUCUAUUCCUUCCACCUACUCAGGAUCAUUCUUAACUGUGUGGUUAUAGGGUUCUGUCUCAUCCCUUUAUUUUCUUUAGGAAAUAGUUUGCUUUCACCUAUGUGUGCUAAUAGAGGGGAAUAAUCAGUCAACAAAUAUUUAUUAAGGAUCUACUAUGCACUGGUUGAGUGGUGGGGAUAGGAAAACAAGUAUAAGAUACUUGUAAAAGAUAAAAGUCCCUAAUUUCAGGGACCUCAUUAUCCAGUUAGGGAGACGAGACCGAUAUACCAGAAACUGUCAAAUAAUGCAAGAAUAUACAAUUAAGUGAUUGUUUAAUGUGGACUCUAAGUACUGGAAGAGUUUAGAGUGGGGAGAGAUUAGUGAAAGCUUCUUGAAGAAGGUGGUAUUUGAGCUAGACCUUGAAGAAUAAAUAGCAUUUGGUUGAGUUAUUGGUAAGGGACAAACAACUGAGAAGGUUGAGCAUGUUUGCUAAGGUGAAUAAUUUAUAGAUAAAGAAUUUAUGAGAUGGAAGAGACCACGAGGGAACGUGUGGAAGCAGGAAUUUGCAUUGCAGUUAAGAAGUUGACCUCACCUUAGGGUUUCAUUUAGGAAACAUAGGGAAGUAAAUUGGGCUAGAUGUGUUGGGACAGUAUUCUUGGGAGGGGGUGGGGAAUGAUGAGGCUGAAAGCCAGAUAGUAAUUUGAGACUGAUAUGAUAGGAAAGAGGGAGAAUGAAUGGUGGUGACAGUGAUAGAAAAUAGUGAAGUGGUUUGGGGGAGUUUGUUAGGAAGGAAAUGAGAUCAGUUUUGGACGUGUUGAGUUUGAAAUAAAGGCAUGAUACUUAUGAGGAGUUGGAAAAUAGAAGACUAGAGUAAAUAGCAGACUGGAAGUAUGGAGAGUCAGUGUAUUGAGAUGUUGGCUGAAGCCGUGAAAAUGGAUGAGUUCUAUCUAGACAGACAAGAGCAGAGAAGCCAGGGUAGUGAUGCUGAUUAUAUACAUAUAAUCUAAGAAUCAUGUUGUAUUGGAUAUGCAUGUUGUGAUGUUAAAAAAUACUGUUUUUAUAGAAAAUUUUCUUCAAUAUUUGGCUCAGACUGAUAACCAGCUAAGAUUGGGUAAGCACCUAUGUGCCAGGAACUGCGCUAGUCGUGAGAUACAAGGUAAUCAAGUAUAUUUACAUUUCUUUCCAAACAUAUAAAGUGUCCUAGUUGUCUGGUCAACAUUAAGAAAACCAGGGAUCAAAGUGUGGCAACAAUUUAACAUUUGUUGAGAAGAGAUGGAAAUCUUUUUCAGUGCAGCCUCACUUUCAGGACUAUAGUCCUGAAUAAUCCGUGACCCCCCUGGGAUUUUGCAGGCCCUAAUCACUACUUGUUUAGACAAUUAUAAUAGGUUCUUAAUUGUCCUCUGCUCCCAGUCUCACCCCUCUACAAAAUAAUAGGCCUUGUGCACAAGUCUGACAUACCAUGUUGCUUCCCUCCUCAAUAACCAUCUGUGGCUUCCUGUUGCCUCAGGGACAAAAUAUGAAUUCCUCAGCCUCCUAUUUAAGGCCCUAUAAAAUUUGACUCCACUUUACUUUUCUACCUUUUUUCUGUAAUAUUUCUCUUCCUGCAUUGUACUUUUUAGCCAAUCUGAACUACUAGCUAUUCUGAAAUAGACUUGCCAUCUCUUGUCUGGCUUCUUUUGUACAGGUUAUUCACCCUGCCUGGAAUGCACGUACCUUGUCUCUAUCUUCUAGACUCUUAUCUCCAUUCUGACUUUGCCCAGGGACUGUCUCCUAUACAAAGUCUUCCUAGAACCCUUUAGUUGUGAUUAGCUUGUUUAUUUCUCUGUGUAUUUCUAUCCUCCAGUAGAAUGUUAGCUCCUUGAAGGCAGGGGCUGUUUGGUUUUAUCUUUGUAUCCCUAGUGCCUGGUGAAGUUCCUCAUAUAUAAUAAUAAUUGAAUUUUCUCCCUUGCACUGUUUUGUGCCAGUUUAGAUCAGUCUCCCCAUCCUUCUUUAUGAACACAACCUUAAAAAAUACUUUUAUUUGGGAAUAAUCUUCCCAUCUACUUUGGUUGAACCAGUAAAGAGGGGUUAAUGAAUUAAUCCUAUCCUGAUUUAAAAUUCAAUUCAGCAAAUGUUUGAGUGCCUUAUGUGUGUAGUACUACCUCAUUUGUACAGCAUUUUCAGGUUUAUAAUGCAUAUAUGUAUUUAUAAUCCUAUGAUGUAGGUUGUAUAAGAAUUAUUAUGCUCUUACAGGGAGCUCUGAGAAGUUAAGUAAUUUGCUAGCAGUCAUAUGGCCAAAAAAGUGACUGAUUUGGUUUCAUGCCUCUGAAUCUAAUGCUCUUUCUACAGUGCCAGUGCUGCCUCUUCACAGUGCUCUGUCCUGGGCUUUACACAGAUGAAUUGGCAGGGAAUCUGCUCUUAAAGUGUGUAUUAUCUAACAGGUGGAAGCCUGAGUUUUGCUCUAAGUUCCACCUUCAUCCAGCUGCCUAAGAGGGUUUCAUGAUCACAUGACCCUGGACAUGGAUGCUGUCUUGUCAGAUUUUGUCCGUUCCACGGGAGCAGAACCAGGAUUGGCCCGAGAUCUUUUAGAAGGAAAAAAUUGGGAUGUAAGUGCAGCCCUCAGUGAUUUUGAACAGCUUCGUCAGGUCCAUGCUGGGAACCUGCCCCCACCCUUCAGUGAGGGUCGUGGUGGCCCCAGACCCCCUGAGAAGGGACUUCCUGAAAAGGAGCCCACUCGUCCCCCGCCCACCCUUCAUCGUCAGGAUGACAUUAUCCAAGAGAAACGCUUGUCCCGGGGCAUCUCUCAUGCCAGCUCCAGCAUCGUUUCGCUAGCCCGUUCCCAUGUCUCCUCAAGUGGUGGGAGUGGGGGGAGCAGUGAACACCCUCUGGAGAUGCCCAUAUGUGCCUUCCAGCUUCCAGACCUCACUGUAUUCACUGAAGAUUUCCGCAACUUCAUUGAGAGAGACCUCAUUGAACAGUCCAUGUUGGUUGCCCUGGAACAAGCAGGGCGUCUAAACUGGUGGGUAAGUGUGGACCCUACCUGCCAAAGACUUCUGCCUCUGGCAACAACAGGAGAUGGAAAUUGCCUCCUGCAUGCAGCCUCACUUGGGAUGUGGGGUUUCCAUGAUCGGGACCUAAUGCUACGUAAGGCACUUUACUCACUGAUGGAGAAGGGAGUAGAGAAGGAGGCACUGAGACGGCGUUGGAGGUGGCAGCAAACACAGCAGAAUAAGGAGUCUGGGCUUGUGUAUACAGAGGAGGAAUGGCAGAAGGAGUGGAAUGAGCUUAUCAAGCUUGCUUCAAGUGAACCCCGAAUGCAUAUAGGGACCAAUGGAGCCAGCUGUGGAGGGGUGGAAAGUUCAGAAGAACCCGUAUAUGAGAGCCUGGAAGAGUUCCAUGUCUUUGUUCUUGCACAUGUGCUUAAGAGGCCAAUUGUUGUCGUGGCAGACACCAUGCUUCGGGACUCAGGAGGAGAAGCAUUUGCUCCAAUCCCCUUUGGGGGGAUCUAUCUGCCCUUGGAAGUCCCUGCCAGCCGGUGUCACCGAUCACCCCUGGUAUUGGCCUAUGACCAGGCUCAUUUCUCUGCACUGGUGUCUAUGGAGCAGAAAGAGAACUCCAAGGAGCAAGCAGUGAUCCCACUCACGGACUCCGAACACAAGCUGUUACCCUUGCACUUUGCAGUGGACCCUGGAAAGAGCUGGGAGUGGGGCAAGGAUGAGAGUGACAACGUCAGGCUGGCCAGUGUGACCCUGUCCCUGGAGGCAAAAUUACACCUGCUACAUAGCUACAUGAAUGUGAAAUGGAUCUCUUUACCUUCUGAUGCCCAGGCUCCCUUGGCCCAACCUGAGUCCCCCACAGCCUCAGCUGGGGAUGAACUCCGUUCUACCCCAGAAUCAGGGGAGUCUGACAAGGAAUCAGUCGGCAGCAACUCUACCAGCAAUGGGGGAAGUAGGCGAAAAGAGAAACCAAAGCAAGAUCAGGAGAAGGAUAAGAAGAGAGCAGAUUCAGUUGCCAACAAGUUGGGCAGCUUUGGCAAGACUUUGGGCAGUAAACUCAAGAAGAACAUGGGGGGCCUAAUGCAUGGCAAGGGUGCCAAACCUGUUGGGAUCGGGGUAGGGUCUGGGGUGCCGCCUAGUAGCAGUGAGAUACUGGACAAGAAAAAGAAAGGCUCAGUCAAGGGCUGGAAGGGCAGCAAGGAGGACACAUCUGGGGAUAUUGGUGGGCCUGAAAAGCCCACCCCUGAGUCUCCAGGUGAUGGAGGGAGCAAGUAUAGCCAGGAGGUGAGGCUGAGCUUGAGCAUUAUGAGAAUUGCAAUGCAGGGGGAACGUAAGUUUAUUUUUGCUGGAAACCUGAAGAUGAGUCACCGACACCAGUACCAGGAGGAGAUGAUCCAGCGCUACCUGGCAGAUGCUGAGGAGAGAUUCCAGGCUGAGCAGAAGCAGAAAGAGGCAGAAAGGAAAAUGAAUGGAGGGGGUGGAAGUGGGCCCCCCCCAGCGAAGAAACCAGAGCCAGAUGGGGGAGAAGAGCUCCUGAGCCCUUCCCCUGAGGCCAAGGCUGCACUCUCCACCAGCCACCCUGGGGGCUUCACUAUCCCCAGGCCAGCUGGGGGUGGUCCCCACUGCCAGGACCUUGGGAGGCAGGUGGCAGGGGGUCCCUGUGGAGGGGGACUCCCCUCUUAUGCUACCUUCCCUAGACAGUGCUCCUCAGGGAGGCCCUACCCCCAUCAGGACCCAGUUCCUUUGGAGAGAGACACUCAUUCUGUGGAUGGAAACCCAGGGGGAUCGUUGUUACCCUCCUCCUUUCGUGUAGCAGACAGCUACAGUAAUGGCUACAGGGAGCCCCCAGAGCCGGAUGGUGCUGAUGGAUGGGGUGGAGGGACAGUGGAAGACUUGGGGCUUCCCCUGACCCAGAACAAAUGCAAACAACCGAACUGCAGCUUCUAUGGACACCCCGAGACCAGCAACUUUUGCUCCUGCUGCUACCGGGAGGCACUGAGGAGGAGGGAGCAGGAAAGGGGUGGGGAGCUAUUGGUACACAGAUUCUGAAUGGGGGUGGAAGCUGGGAGGGUAAGGGGGCAAAACAAAGAGAGGUAAGCACAACUGAUUGGCUCAUGGUGACCCAGCCCGGUGUGGGUAAGGCUAAUGCAAUAACUUCUGUGGGACCCAACCCAGGCUUCAGGGUGUUGAGAAGGGGAUGGGUAGCCCAGGCUGCUAGGAGCUGGCCAGGGCUGGGUAGGGGCACUGAGGAAGGUACCUCAAAAACAGUAGUGUCCCCCAUGGAACUGGGUGUGUCAGGGCAGGAGAAGCAAAUGGGGACACUGUUGUGGUUCCACCCAAUAACCUACCUUUCCCCAUCUUGGGGUGUUAAGGGACAGUUACCUAUUGGGACACCAUGAAGCUAGUAGAGAAAUAGGCUUGAGGUUGGUGGAAUAAAAGACCAAAGUUCUUUGUAGGUUGGAAAAGUAUGUGACAGAAGGGAGGUUAAAAUAAACUUACUACUGAUUUGGA